UAUUUGACUAUUGCUUUAGACACCUGUCACAUGGAGGCGUUCUCCAAACGUGUCUCAGGAGUGUCUUGUUCCAUGUUUUCAGGGAACCAGGGUUACAGUCGUGACCCGAGAAGUUUUAUCUCAAUGAAUGUAGCUGAGGCUCAUAUUUUAUAUUUGUUACGUAUCCGGCGCCUGCUGGUUCCUGCUACUCCGCACCAGAGGUCGCCAGUUCACCAUUUCAUUGCACACACGGUCAUACAUCACUCUGGACUACAUUUCCCACAAUUCCCCAUCUAGGAACCAAUCACACACUCGCACCCGUUUCCCAUCAGUGGACCCUAUAUAAACUGCGCCCAGACAUACACACGGGGCUGAGUAUUGUUUAGUCGUAUGUUUUCCGUGUUAAUCUUUGUUCCUUGUUCCUAGUUCCUAGCCUUGCCUUGUUUUUGACCCUGGACUGUUUAUUCCUUGUUUGAUGAUCAUUUGCUGCCUGUCUUGACCAUUGCCUGUGACUUGGAUUACUCUUCUUCCUUGCCCUUAUGUUUCUGUUUGUUGGCGUUUGACCCUUGCCUGUACGACUACGCUCAUUCUAAUAAAGCCUGCAUUUGGACCUACCCCUUGUCGUCAUGACUCCCAAUGUUACAAUAUUAAAGUUAUCAAAUCUUUAUAGUAAAACUGAAGUCAAAAACUGAAGCAUGAGUUUUAGACCGUUUUAAUGAUGUAACCCAUAUUUUGUCAAGUUUUUUUUUUUUUUGUGCCGAUGCACAACCCUUACGUCACUUCCUGUUUGUUGCUGCCGCGCUGUUUGAGCUAGAGCUCCGUCGAGCUGAUUCCUAAUUGCCUGUUUUUGUCUCUUAAAAUCAAACUUAUAACAUAUCACUCUUUCUUUUUCGGCGGGGGAACACAUCCCCAACAAUAUUUUACAUAAAAAAACACUCGGAUUACCUUGAUAUCACUAGUUUUAUCUGACUUCCCGAACAUUCGCUAUUUGCUUUAGCCCAUUAGCAAUAGCGGCGUGGUCACUCUAGCAUUUGUGCUCUUCUCUCACUAUAUUAUUGUUCAUCUCUUCUAAUGGAGAGUGUAUUGGAUGUUUCUCUACUUUUGUGUGCAGGUGAGGACAUGUUUGAGCUGCAUGCGGUGCAGUUGGAACUGGAGGAUGUGGAGCGACAGAUUCGGACCCUUCUCGAGAAGCUGGCCGAGCUACGUGAGCGGCAGACAGCGCUGGAAACUUCCCGUGCUGACACUCACCGCUCCUUGGUAAGUUUGCAGCGUGAUAUUAGCACUCCUGCUUCCUCUACGCCAUGUGUUUCUCUGCACAGAGCCCGAGCACCCAGAACGCGUUCAUCCCAGCCCUCGUUCACUCCGGCGCCGUCACACCAGGGACCUUGGGUUCUUCAGCAGCGGAAGGCGCGAGCCAGGCCUCGGACCAGGACCUCUCCACCUCCGCCGCCCCCGAUCUUCGAGGUCUCGACGCGGAGCCGCUUCUCCCCUCUUCACGAGGCGGAACGCAACGCUGUGGUCAUCGGAGACUCCAUCGUCCACCACGUCCACGCUACCACAGCCAAAGGUAAGGUGCGCAGUCACUGUUUUCCUGGUGCUCGUGUUCUCGAUGUCGCUGCGCAGGUUCCCGCGAUCCUCAACGGUGCUGAGACCAUCGGAGCUGUAGUGCUGCACGCGGGGGUGAACGACACCAGGACGGUACGAGCCACAUCACCCGCGACGAGGAUCAUUGUGUCCAGAUCGCUUCCAACGUACCGACGAGACGGUACGAGCCACAUUGCCCGCGACGAGGAUCAUCGUGUCCGGACCGCUUCCAACGUACCGACGAGGACAUGAAAGGUACAGUAGAUUAUUUGCUUUAAAUGAAUGGUUGACGUCUUGGUGUAAUGAACAGAAGCUGCUCUUUAUAAAUAAUUGGAAUCUUUUCUGGGAGCGUCCUAGGCUCUUCCGUGCGGAUGGACUGCACCCCAGCAGCAUCGGAGCUGAUCUUCUGUCAGAGAACAUCUCCAAGACGCUUUGCACCGUAUGACUAAAGACCUCAGAUGACCAACACCUAUGAAGAGACGGCGCCAACUCCUGCGAGGAUUUCAG